AUGGACAGACAGCAAGUCUUUCAACGGCUGAAGCAGAUAUGCGUCCGCCUCUUGCAGGUCACUGCCAGCCUCUCGCAGAACCAGAGUGCCCGCAAGGACCUGAUAGACGCCCUUUCUGAUCUGCUUACUACACUACGCGCUCUGGCUAGCCAACCCGGUCUGCUGGAUGCAAAGCUGACUGAGUACGCCUUCGUCCCCAUUUCACAAGUGUUGCGAAUAUCACGCCAAGUCCCUGUUCGCGCGCUCGAAAUUUGCCUCGAGUGCAUUUCAACCUUGCUAUGUGCGGGCUGGGGAGGCCGUCUGGAGCCAGCUCUGUCUGGCCAGCUGCUCAUCCUCUUCACCUUCCUCGCCAAACCCUCAUCUGCGGAGAAUGGCAUCUCAGCCACAUCCGAAGAGCUUCAGUCCUUGGCCCUCAAGUGCAUCUCCGAGUUAAUGGCAGGGGUAUCUUGCACAGCUGAGGGCCAACAGGCCAUCACGGCGACUCCAAACAUCCCUGCUCUUGGAGAAGCAGUCUUGGUUAUGCUCCAAAGCCUCACAGACAGCAAUGCUAAUGACAUCAAAUUCCAGGCCGUUUGUGCAACAAAAUCAACCGUUAGUGCGAUAGCUGACGAUGACGCUCUUGCAAGCUUUCUGCCUAGAAUGAUCUCAUCUUUGACCAAAGUCCUUACUCCAAGCAGCAGUAACCGACCUGGCUUUCGGGUCGUGGAGCAAUGUUUAGAUGUAUUCGCAUUGCUCCUCAGUCGCCUCCUGAGUGACACAAAGGUCAAGGAUCUACCCGAUGGAGAUCCAACUAAAGGUUCAGAAGAUAGUAUCAAGGUAGUGCGUUCAACUUCCUGGCUUCAAGCGACCUCCUCGCAGAUCAAGAUUGCACUCGCCAAUGUUUUCAAACUGCGCGAUCAUGAUAAAUCAGAAGUCCGACAAGCCCUUCUCAGGCUAUGCUUGUGCAUCAUACAAGAUUGUCGCAUGUCCCUUUCUCUUUGCACGAGCAUGGCUACCGAGACCAUGAUUAGUCUGGCUGGUCAUGAAAGCUCGGACGGCUCGAUUGAGCACGAACUCAAGGGAUUGUUACUUGUAGACCAGAAGCUUUCCAAUCUCUUACGUGAAAGCUUGCACGGCUGGAUAUUGGCACUACCGCGACUGAUGCAGUCCAAAGAUAAUCACAAUCGGCGCCGAAUCGUAAACCAGAUAUCGGUUUCCUUACGGCUAUUUGAACAAGACACAAUCAUCUUAGAUGAGCGGUUAGCCAACAGCCUGCGCGACGGUGUUUCUGCCGUAUUUUCAGAUGCAAAAGGCUUGGAGGAGUUGAAUGAAAACACAUACAAUGCUAUCACCGAUCGCACUUUAGCUCCGAACUCCAUGAAAUCGUUAUCUUUUCCGACCAUCAGCUUACAGUUUAAAGGCCAGGAUGACAUGAUGUCAGAGUUCAAGCUUUUAGUCCAAGAGAUUGCAAAGUCCAACUCGGCUCUAGCAGUAGUACAAGCACUGAUGAGCUCCAUCGAUAUGGGGACAGCUGAAAUGCGCCUAGCUAGCUUCUGGUUGUCAAUCAAUAUGGUCAGGGAGGCGGCUGCAAUCAAUCCAUCAAUCGAAGAUUUCAUGGAUCUUGGAACGCCAAAUCCAAGGGAAGAGCUGUUGGACCAUUUGUACUCGCAUUCCCUCUCUUUACUAAAUCAGCGCGAGCCAGUUGCAGAGACGCCCUGGCAUUUCUUUGCCCUGGCGCUCGAGACGGUAGCACUACAGGCUAAACAGUACAAAACUGAGUUUCGGCCCGAGCUGAGUGAGGUUCUCUAUCCAAUACUUCACUAUCUGGGGAGUUCCAAUACGGCUCUGCGUGAGCAUGCCUUGACAUGCCUGAACAUUGUUGCAGACGAAUCCGGGUAUACAAAUGCAGGAGAGCUGGUCGUCAAAAACGUCGACUAUAUCGUCAACGCAAUCGGCCUGAAACUUGCUUAUGGAGAUGUCUCACCCCAAGCUCCGCAGGUCUUGCUCAUGAUGAUGCGGUUGUGCGGUCCAUCUCUCCUGCCGUAUCUCGAUGAUCUUGUUGACAGCAUAUUUGAAGCUUUGGAAAGAUAUCACGGAUAUCCCAAACUUGCAGAGUUGCUAUUCUCGGUGUUGAAAGGCAUGACAGAAGAAGGCAUCAAAACGUCUCAACUUGCAAUCAAACCAGAUAGCAAUAGACGGCACGAAGGCAAGCAGAGCAUGGAGCCCACAAUGGCCGAUGUCAUGGAAACACUCAAAAAGGUAGAAGCUGACUCACGACGCCGGGACGAGGAAGAGAAGAAAGCCUCAAAAGAGUCUUUUCCCCAGAAUCAUUGGAAAGAAGGGAAGAAUCCACAAGAUGCCAACGGUAAUCCGAGUGAAGAAGACGAACAACCACCACCGCAGACAGAAGAGCCUCCACCACCGGCACCUCGCACCUUCAACAUUCUUCUCAAGAUCUCCGAGUUGACACAACACUACUUGACAACGACCUCUCCUUCACUACGCAACUCUUUACUCUCCCUCCUCCAAACCACCACGCCUGCACUCGCCAAACAUGAAAACUCAUUUUUACCACUCAUUAACACCCUAUGGCCUGUACUGCUUCCUCGACUUCAAGAUCCUGAGGCAUACAUUGUAUCUAGUACUCUCGAUACUAUGGCGCUUAUAUGCGAACACGCAGGAAAUUUCAUGAGGACAAGAAUCGAUGACGCAUGGCAUCUCAUACAAAAGGUGCACAAACGUAUCAACACGCAAAGUAGCACCCACAAGAGCAGUAACAAAAGCACACAAGCAGUGCGUACUGGCAGAAUAGAGACCGAUAUGAUGAGUCUUUCAAUAUCAGCGAACCCCAGUACCGAACUAUCGCGACCAGAAGCGUACAUUGAUACACCCUCGCGCAUGAUCUGGAAUAGCCUUGUCAAGCUGCUGUGUGCUAUCGCUGAACAUGUCACCGUCCGAGCUGAGCGGUUCGAAGAGAUACUGGAUAUGGUAGACCUAGUUCUAGAAAGUAAGAACGUACGCCAAGCGCUUGAAUGCAGCAAUGCCGAUGCUGUUUGGCUACGGCUGUAUAAAAAGAAUCGACGAGAGGAAAGCGACAAGCAAUCUCUUACUCCCAUUUCUUGGGCUGGCGCUGCGGCUCAGACAAAAAUGUAUUUUGACAAAGUACCGGUUGGAAAAUCACAUUGGCAUUUUGUACGGAUUUAAAACAUUUACCGAGUCAGGGCACGUAUUUAUUCCAAGCUUCCCAGGAAUAGUUUGUACACAUUUACAAUCCAUGAUUAAGU